UCCUAAACCCCAGGCAGCCUCAGGACGCUGCUGGAGGGAUGGCUGACUGCAGAUUUCUGAAGGCCAGACAGAUAGAAGGGCUCCGAGAACUUGGCAGCAGACGUUGGCAAACCUGUACGGCCAAAGGCCACUCGGGCUAGCGAACGCCGCUGUGCGCUUGACGGUUUCUUUGCGACAGUCGUCGUGACUGCCGUAAAGCGAGGCCUCCGCCGCAGCUCUAGAGUUAGAAGUACCUCUGUUGACAGGAAACAAGAUUCUGUUUCAUAAAGAAGAUGAAAACAACUGGGUUCCUGUUAACAGACACCCAAGAGAACAGCAUAGACCAAUGAGCAGAGUCAAUAAGAACGUGGUCUUGGCCCUUCUCACACUGACGAGCUGUGCCUUCCUGCUGUUUCAGCUGUACUACUACAAGCACUACUUGUCAGCACGGAAUGGAAUGGGUUCAUCAAAAUCCAAAGGAAAUCGAGUUGGAUUUGAUAGCACACAAUGGCGUGCAGUUAAGAAAUUUAUUAUGCUGACAUCCAGCCAAAAUGUGCCGGUGUUCCUUAUUGACCCUUGGAUUCUGGAAUCAAUUAAUAAAAACUUUGAACAAGUGAAAAAUGCCUCUCAAGGCUCGGCCUCAGAAUGCAGAUUUUUCUGUGUUCCGAGAGACUUCACUGCGUUCGCGCUGCAGUAUCACCUGUGGAAGAAUGAGGAUGGAUGGUUUCAGAUGGCUGAGAACAUGGGGUUCCAGUGCCUGAAGAUUGAAAGCAAAGAUCCUCGGCUGGAUGGAAUAGACUCGCUUUCCGGAACUGAGAUCCCUCUGCACUAUGUCUGUAAGCUGGCCACUCACGCCAUCCACUUGGUCGUCUUUCACGAGAGGAGUGGCAACUAUCUCUGGCAUGGUCACCUACGACUCAAAGGGCACAUGGAUAGGAAGUUUGUUCCUUUUCGAAGGCUACAAUUUGGUCGUUAUCCUGGAGCCUUUGACAGGCCGGAGUUACAGCAGGUUACCGUUGAUGGCCUCGACAUGCUUAUUCCAAAAGACCCAGGGCGCUUUCUAGAAGAAGUACCUCACUCCAGAUUUAUCGAGUGCAGGUAUAAAGAAGCCCGGGCAUUCCUUCAGCAGUACGUCGAUGACAACACUGUGGAUGCCAUGGCUUUUCGGAAGAGGGCAAAGGAGUUACUGCAGCUAGCGGCCAAGACGCUGAAGGCACUGGGAGUGCCCUUCUGGCUGAGCAGUGGGACGUGUCUAGGAUGGUAUCGGCAAUGCAGUAUCAUUCCUUAUAGCAAAGAUGUCGACCUAGGAAUUUUCAUUCAAGAUUACAAACCUGAUAUUGUUUUGGCAUUUCAGGAUGCAGGACUUCCACUCAAACACAAGUUUGGGAAGGUGGAGGACAGCUUGGAACUCUCCUUCCAGGGAGAAGCUGAUGUAAAACUUGAUAUUUUUUUCUUCUAUGAAGAGACUGACCAUAUGUGGAACGGAGGCACGCAGGCCAGAACAGGAAAGAAGUUUAAGUAUCUGUUCCCCAAGUUUACACUGUGCUGGACGGAGUUUGUAGACAUAAAAGUCCAUGUUCCCUGUGAAACAGUUGACUACAUUGAAGCCAACUAUGGCAAGGCCUGGAAGAUCCCUGUCAGGACCUGGGACUGGAAGAGCUCACCCCCGAAUGUGCAGCCCAAUGGGGUCUGGCCUAUUUCGGAGUGGGAUGAAGUUAUCCAGCUGUACUGAGAACACUGAGCUCCUGUGGGACGUUUCCCAGAAAGAAGGUAGGCAGCUGUUGAAAGCACUACUAUUUUCUGCCUGGUGUGAGAGCCAAAGAGGAGAAAUGACGAGUUGGAAGACAGAAAAGGUUUUCUGACUCAUGGGCCAUCUAAUCAGUUCUGCCACUCAGCAUUUACUGAGGAGUUUAUGCACCAGGCGAAGUACUAGGAUCUGGUGAACAGGCAGAGAGGAAUGAGAGGCCAGCUUCUCUCUUGCCCUGUUGGUAAGCACUACAAUUUUAUGUUAAGGGAAACUAACCCACUCUCUGAGGAGGUGUACAGUACAAUGUAUUCCAUAAUGAUUUUUAAAAUGUUAAUUAAUGUUUAAACCGGAAAGUGAGCUCAUCAGACAAAGCUAACAAAGGAUGUGUUAGUUGAGAGUAGUUCAUUCCUGCCUGCCCUCGGGAUUUAAGCUGCUGUGUUAGUGUUAAGGUUGUGGGAUAUGAGUUAAUAUUCCAGUGAGUGAUUAGACUUUGUCUCACAGAGAAAAGACAGUGGCCAACUCAUCUUACAAGCAGUGUGAUACACAGUUGACUUCAAGCACUGGGCAUUCUCUAAGGGAGGAUGAGAGCCGAUAGCAGCUCUUGUCAAGACGUACACUGUUUUCAUCUUUGAGAUGAACGUGGAUGCUUAGAUGGUGCUUGAAUCCCUGACAUCAUAAGGAUAUUCUCGCUGACCUGCAGUAGUACUUGCUGAUAAAUCAUUCAGUCGUGCUAUCCAAAAGUUGUGACAUCUCAAAGCUUACGUUCCUUAUUUCAUUCUUAGUCACUCUUAAACUCAAAAAUGGAAGUUACUCAUGAAUAUUUUUAUAUUUUAUGAAUGUACAACUUUUCUGCCUUUAAUUUUAAUAUUGACACUAAGUAAUAAUAGACAUACCUCUUAAUUUUUUAAAAAUACCCUUUAUUUAUUUAUCAACCAUAGCUCCAUAUGUUUAAUUUAUGGCCUGCACACUAAUUUAUUUAGCACAAGAUAUGCCUGUUCUUCUAUCCAAUAUUACUUCACGUUUCCAAAAUGGAGGGUUAACGUGAACCUGGCCUUUACUCCUUUUCCCAGAUUACUGUCUUUAAAGCCUGUGUCCAUCUCUAGAUCUUCAUUCUGCUGAGUGUAAUAGGGCAAGGGCUUCCUACCCCCAAGUACUGCACAUGUGGGACCCUUGACCUACACUCCUGAGUCCGUUGUGGUGGCUGCGCUUCAGCCGUGCAGUCUCAGAGAGAGAUGACACCGUGAGUGCCUGCCUUGCCUGGGAGGGGAGGGUCCACUCCCUGCUGCCUAGGGAUGUGCUUCAUGGCAGCCUGGCAGACUUCCUUUGGCACGUGUAGUUACUACAGCGGAAACCAGGAUAGAUGAGAGAAUGGGCUGGCAGAAAGAAAAGAAAAAA